AUGACAGUUGACAGUUUCCCUGGUGAUCCACCUCUUAGAUUCGCCCAGACCAUUUUUAGCUACAUGCACACUGUGCCUGAGGAAGAACACUGUGCUACCACUGGCACCAUGAAUAUACAAGUCGUUUUUGAAAAGAAGACAUGUUGCUUGGAGGUGAAAAACAAACUGGUGGUUUUUGGACGUUUGAAUACUAUGUCAUUCUUCAACGUAGAUACAAUGCAGUUGCUUGGAGGUGAAAAACAAACUGGUGGUUUUUGGACGUUUGAAUACUAUCAGUCAUUCUUCAACGUAGAUACAAUUCACUAUGUGUGGGUCAAAAUUACCCAAAUUGGAUUCGGUAUGGUUCACCAAAGUCUCAGCGGUUACACGUUUUUAGAGACUGUGUGUGUCUAUGGUUACUCUCUGUUCAUUUAUAUCCCUACCUCGAUAUCAUGGACAAUUUCCGUUUACUGGCUCGAGUGGCUAUUGAUUGUCAUUGCCAUGGUGAUCUCUGGCUCAGUGUUGGUAAUGACAUUCUGGCCGGCUAUUUGCGAUGACACAAAACUAACGGCAUUUGCUACCAUGGCAGUAAUAGUGUCACUUCAUGCCCUUCUGGCUGUUGGCUUUAAGCUCUACUUCUUCCAAACGCCAACAUACACAGGAUCAUCGCACUCCGGACAACAGACUACCCCAGCCGCAAAUCAUACAACACUUACCGUGGGGAAGCAUCAAUGACCAACUGAAUGGGAACCUAGGAGUCUUUAUAUUCAAGGGACAUGGAAAAUGUGUAAUAUGAUAAAUGAGCAACGGAGUUCAGAUUAGUGUGCUGAUGCACACAAGCAUUCCCAGCAAACACAUUGAAAGUGUUUCCAGUUUGUAACUAACCCAGCAGAUAAGUAACCUCCCUCAGAUCACAAAUAAAAUCACAACAAUGAUUUACUGAUGACUUUAGUUUGUACUAUUUUUCUUUAAUACGUAAAGUGACCUACUUGUUAUUUUCCUCAAGUGUCAUGGUCACUUAU